AUGAUAUACUCAGCCGGUGGCUAUCUGCGUUACUCCCUUAGCAACUUUGAGGCAUACAAUCGCGCCACUGACACUUGGCGUCGAUUGCCCGAUCUUCCCAGUCCACGAAGCGGUUUGGCAGCGGCUUCGGUGCGUGGUUGCGUCUACCUUGUGGGUGGACGAAACAACAACAAUGAGCAAAGCAAAGUUGACGCGCCACAUAUGGACUGCUAUGAUCCCACUACCAACCGGUGGCACACCUGUGCCCCCAUGUCUGUGCCUCGAAAUCGUGUGGCAGUUGGAGUGGUUGAUGACAUGAUCUACGCUAUUGGUGGUCUGACCCAUACCAUGCAUCAUAGAACUGCAGAGAAGUGA